AUGGGGAGGAUUUUGGAGCUAAUGUCAAAAUCAGAUGAGCACCAAAUGGAAAGGUUCUUCAAAUGUCCGAGGAAGUAUAAAAAGUUUCCUCUUUGUGAGUUCUACAUGUUCGAAGAAGAAUAUGCCAACUUUCUUGUUAAUUAUGGGAUGCUUCAAGAGUCUCAGAUGUGUCAUUACCGUCCAUUGGAGAUGACAGAGACUGUGGAAGGGAUUGUGCAAUCUGAGAUGUAUGAACUGAAGAAAGAACCUAUUGGAAGGACUGCAGCUGCGGCCAAGAAGGGAGGCACGAAGAAGAAGCAAGGACAUAUGAAUUGGAUGAUAUGUCUUGGUGUUGCUGUACUAGUGUUGUUAGGUUUCAAUUCCGUCAUUCUCCUUGUGUUGGUGUUGAUGCAAAUGUUUAAGUGA